AUGGCCCAGGCGGAGGACUGCGCAACCUACGUGAAAGAACUCUGUGAGAUCCUGGAUGCACCAAAUGAAGGAUCUGUCGUUGGCCAAUUGACAGGGCAUCUACGGAAGUGGCAAAAUGGGGAUUCGCCUCCUGGGGCAUUGCCCUUCCGCCACCCUUUCUCAGCAGGCCAGCAAUUAGCCAAGGUCAGUCAACCCAAUGUGUGUGGUUGGAAGCAUACAGGUAUCAAAGUACUGGGAGACAGCGAUGCUCAGUAG